AUGAGCUUGGUAGUGACUGUAAACUUCUCUCUAGACCCUCCAGGCAAAGCCGGUGAUCCGUCGAGGAAGAUGUCAGAAUCGUGGCGCCCCAAAGCCAUGCGGAACUCCUCGACAGUAUACCUUGCACAGCCCAAUCAGGAAGUGGAGUCAACGGCCACGUCUUCUCAGAGGCUUUCUGCUAAGAUCAGCCUGAUCGAGGCGGCUGGGAAGGAUGUGGGCAUGGCCUGGAUCAGCUGA